AUGAAGGACCUUGAUUUUAGCCGGGACAAAGAUCUAGCGAAAGAUUUUCUUCAAAACUUCACUGAUGCAGAUGGCGAAGCCAAAUAUAUUAGCAUCCUUCAAGAUGUCGCGAAUCGGAAACUGAAAGCAAUAGAAAUUGACCUCGAAGAUCUGUUUCAUUACAAGGAUUUGGAUGAGGAGUUUGUGGGACGAGUUACCGAGAACACCCGGAGAUAUGUUGGAAUUUUUGCUGAUGCUAUUGAUGAGUUGAUCCCUGAGCCAACGGAGGCUAUUCAGGAGGACGAUUCUGACGUAUUUCACACACAACGAGCCGAGGAAGGCAAUGAGAAUCCUGAUGGGACUGACCCAAGACAGAAGAUGCCCCCAGAAAUUAGGCGUUUUUACGAAGUUUACAUCAAAGCUUCCUCCAAGGUCCAACCAUUUACCAUUACGGAGGUUAGGGCUUCACAUAUUGGCCAGCUUGUCAAGAUAUCUGGCAUUGUGACUCGCUGUUCAGAUGUAAAACCAUUGAUGAAGGUUGCUGUGUACACAUGUGAAGAGUGUGGUUUUGAAAUAUAUCAGGAAGUAACUGCUCGAGUGCUCAUGCCUCUAUUCGAAUACCCAUCUAAGCGUUGUCAGGUUAACCGGGCAAAAGGACACCUUAUCCUCCAACUCAGAGCUUCAAAGUUUUUAAAAUUUCAAGAGGCCAAAAUUCAAGAGCUUAUUGAACAUGUUCCUAAAGGUCAUAUUCCUCGUGCAAUGACUGUUCACUUUCGAGGGGAACUUACAGGAAAGGUAUCCCCAGGAGAUGUUGUUGAGUUAUCUGGAAUAUUUCUCCCUAUUCCUUAUGCUGGGUUUAGAGAAAUGCGAGCAGACUUAGUGGCAGAUACAUACUUGGAGACUAUGUCUAUUUCCCAUUUUAAGAAAAAAUACGAAGACUAUGAACUGAAAGGGGUUGAGGAAGAACAAAUAGCUCGGUUAGCUGAGGAUGGUGACAUAUACAACAAGCUGGCUCGAUCAUUGGCUCCUGAGAUAUUUGGACAUGAAGAUAUCAAGACAUGCAUAUAUUUUUUAAUAUGA